CCCAUACAUAGACACAUAGUCAAAUCAAAUUCUUGCUAGCCUGCUAUCUGAGUUUCCAUUUCUCUACCUUUUUCUUCCAUUGUGUGUGCCCACGCAAGUUAUGCAACUCUUCUGACCAGGAAACUGUAUAAAAGAAAACAAAACCAAACAUACAAUGGCAAAAGAACAGUUAAAUGUUCUUAAGGCACUUGAUGUAGCAAAAACACAAUGGUACCACUUCACAGCAAUUAUCAUUGCUGGUAUGGGGUUUUUCACGGAUGCCUAUGAUCUUUUCUGCAUUUCCGUGGUCACCAAGCUCCUUGGCCGUAUAUACUACACUUCUUCUGACCCUACAGAACCAGGCUCCUUACCCAUCAAUGUCUCUGCUGCCGUCAGUGGUGUAGCCUUGUGCGGCACCCUCGCUGGUCAGCUCUUCUUUGGGUGGCUCGGCGACAAAAUGGGUAGGAAGUCAGUCUAUGGUAUCACCUUGCUUCUCAUGACAACCUGUUCUAUCGCCUCUGGCCUCUCCUUUGGAAGCACCCCAAAAGGUGUCAUGACCACCCUUUGCUUCUUUCGAUUUUGGCUUGGGUUCGGUAUUGGUGGGGAUUAUCCCCUAUCCGCCACUAUUAUGUCUGAGUAUGCCAACAAAAAGACUCGUGGAUCCUUCAUUGCAGCAGUUUUUGCCAUGCAAGGAAUUGGAAUAUUGACUGGGGGAAUAGUGGCACUUAUUGUAUCAUCUGCAUUUGAAAAUAGGUACCACCCACCUUCUUUUGAACAAGAUCCCGAGGGAUCUCUAACACCUGAAGCUGACUACAUUUGGCGAGUUGUGUUGAUUUUCGGAGCCAUUCCUGCUGCCAUGACCUACUAUUGGCGGAUGCAAAUGCCUGAGACUGCUAGGUAUACUGCUUUGGUGGCAAAGAACGCUAAAAAGGCUGCUGAGGAUAUGUCUAAGGUGUUACAAGUUGAACUCGAAGGUGAGGAAGACAAGCUUAAAAGAAUAGUCCAAGAUGACAGGAAUUCGUUUGGCCUAUUCUCUGCACAAUUUGCACGAAAAUAUGGCCUUCGUCUUCUUGGUACCACAAGCACAUGGUUUUUACUUGACAUUGCAUUUUAUAGUCAGAACCUUUUUCAAAGCAACAUCUUUAGCUCCAUUGGCUGGCUUCCAGACGCAUCUGAAAUGAGUGCCAUUAGAGAAGUAUACAAGGUUGCUAGAGCACAAACACUAAUUGCGCUAUGUGGAACUGUCCCUGGAUAUUGGUUCACUGUAGCCUUCAUCGACGUUAUAGGGCGCUUUACUAUCCAAAUGAUGGGUUUUUUCUUCAUGACUGUCUUCAUGUUUGCCAUUGCCAUCCCUUAUGAACAUUGGCAACAAAGGGCAAAUAGGGUAGGAUUCCUAAUCAUGUAUGGACUUACCUUCUUCUUCGCCAACUUUGGGCCUAAUGCCACAACAUUUGUAGUACCAGCUGAAAUCUUCCCGGCUAGGUUGAGGUCUACUUGCCAUGGGAUAUCAGCUGCGGCGGGCAAGGCUGGAGCUAUUGUAGGUGCCUUUGGAUUUUUGUAUGCUUCCCAAGAGAAGGACCCUGCUAAGAGGAGUCAAGGUUAUCCUGCGGGUAUUGGAAAAAAGAACUCACUCAUAGUGCUUGGUGUCAUCAACUUUUUAGGUAUGGUUUUCACCUUGUUAGUGCCUGAGCCCAAAGGUCAAUCACUUGAGGAGGCAGCUGGUGAGCUUACUCCUGAUGAUAGCGAUAAAGAUGAUGACUAUGCCACUAAAGCUUGAAUGUGUUGUUAAUUAGAUUGCUUGCAUUGAUUUUCUUUUCUUCAUCGGUGAAGUUUAUGAUGUACUUGGAAUAACUAUAGAUGUAUGAAUAUAAUAUAUGUGCAGCAAGUUGUAUGUAGUUAUGUACAAAAAGAAUUGCAUACGAAAGCUUUAGUAUACACAACAAAUUACAAAGAAAUUAAUUACUCAAUACAAAGUUAAUUCUUAUGUGAUUAUGAAUUGGUUAAGUCUUAUUCUAUACAACAAAAACAUUGUAUGCGUAC